GAUUGCGUCAUCAAUCCGCGACUGUUCCGGCGGUGUUUUUUGUUUUGUUUUGAUGGUUGCAGACUUCACUGCUGUGGAGUUUCAUUUAUACUUUCAAAGAAGAUGAUUCACGAAUUGUUGUUGGCAUUGAGUGGGUACCCUGGGACCAUUUUCACUUGCAAUAAACGGACAGGUUUGCAGGUGUCCCAGGACCUACCUUUCCUUCACCCUAGUGAGACCAGUGUCCUCAAUCGGCUCUGUAAACUGGGAUCGGAUUACAUUCGCUUUACGGAAUUCAUCGAGCAACAUACUGGCCAUGUACAUCAACAAGAGCAUCACACAAAUCAGGCCAGCCCGAUGGGACUUCAUGGCAUUUACCUGCGUGCAUUCUGCACAGGUUUGGACUCAAUGUUGCAGCCAUACAGACAAGCCCUACUGGACCUUGAACAGGAGUUCCUCGGUGAUCCCCACUUGACAAUAUCCCAUGUGAAUUAUAAGCUUGAUCAGUUUCAGUUGCUUUUUCCCUCGGUGAUGGUGGUGGUCGAAACGAUUAAAUCACAAAAGAUCCAUGGCUGCCAAAUCCUGGAAACGGUAUACAAGCACAGUUGUGGGGGGCUUCCUCCUGUCCGCAUGGCAUUAGAAAAGAUCCUUGCCGUGUGCCAUGGUGUAAUGUACAAGCAGCUCGCCGCCUGGAUGCUGCACGGAUUGCUGCUAGACCAAAGUGAGGAGUUUUUCGUGAAACAGGGUCCAAGUGCCGGAGGGGCUUUGGCCAACCAAGAGGAGGAUGAGGAGGAUCUCGGGCUGGGAGGCUUAAGCGGCAAACAGCUGAGAGAACUUCAAGACCUGAGGCUGAUCGAGGAGGAGAACAUGCUGGCUCCGUCCCUGCAGCAGUUCUCCCUGCGAGCGGAGAUGUUGCCUUCUUACAUUCCAAUACGAGUGGCCGAGAAGAUCCUUUUUGUUGGAGAAUCGGUGCAGAUGUUUGAAAACCAUAACCACAGUCCCUCUAGAGCAGGCUCCAUUUUGAAGCACCAGGAGGACACAUUUGCUGCUGAUUUGCACCGACUUAAGCAACAGCCUCUUUUCAGCCUUCCUGAUUUUGAAAAUUUAAUAGAUCGCAUCAGAAGCACAGUGGCUGAGCAUCUUUGGACACUGAUGGUGGAGGAGUCAGAGCUCAUUGAGCAGCUCAAGAUUAUCAAGGACUUCUACUUGCUGGGUCGUGGUGAGCUCUACCAGGUUUUUAUUGACCUCGCGCAGCACAUGUUGAAGACCCCACCGACAGCCGUCACGGAGCAUGAUGUGAAUGUGGCCUUCCAGCAAGCGGCUCAUAAGGUGUUGCUGGAUGAUGACAAUUUGCUGCCUUUGCUGCACCUCACAGUUGACUACCAGGGCAAAGAUAGCAAAGACAUGGUGGGCUCCGGAACCACUCCUCCACAAGAUAUCUCUCCCCGCGAAGUGCCUCCCACUGGGUGGGCUGCUCUCGGCCUCAUCUACAAGGUUCAGUGGCCGCUGCACAUCCUCUUCACUCCUGCUGUUUUGGAGAAAUACAACGUGGUGUUCAGGUACCUGUUGAGUGUGCGGCGGGUGCAGUCCCAGCUCCAACACUGCUGGGCUUUGCAGAUGCAGAGGAAACAUCUCAAGUCCAGCCAGACAGACGCUAUCAAGUGGAGGCUACGUAACCACAUGGCUUUCCUGAUUGAUAACUUGCAGUACUACCUGCAGGUGGAUGUGUUGGAAUCCCAGUUCUCUCAGCUGCUUCAACAGAUCAACUCCACCAGAGAUUUUGAGAGUAUUAGACUAGCCCAUGACCAUUUCCUUAGCAACCUGCUCGCCCAGUCCUUCAUCCUCCUGAAGCCUGUUUUCCACUGCCUUAAUGAGAUCCUGGAGCUGUGUCACAAUUUCUGCUCUUUGGUUAGUCAAAGUGUGGCGUCGCUGGAUGAGAGGGGAACCGCUCAGUUGGACAUUCUAGUCAAGGGCUUCAGACGGCAGUCGUCACUACUGUUCAUAAUCCUGUCAAGCGUGCGGAAUCAUCAGAUCAACUCAGAUCUUGCUCAGCUACUUCUGCGACUGGACUACAACAAGUAUUACACCCAGGCCGGAGGCACCCUGGGAAGGUGAACCUCACACUUCAGUCUCACCAUAUAACUUCCAAAACGAAACUGUGACCAUAUCUUUGUUUAACAAUGCAAGUUUGCAAGGCUGAGAGCUAAAACAAAAACAUGCCUGACUAUUGCUUAUGUCACAAAAGAUGUUUGAAAGGGAUAAAAGUGAUGACAUGUUCUUUGGUGAAGAUUGAGUAUGACAAUGAGGCAGUAGAACAUUGACUGCCUGUGUAAAACAAAAACAAACAAAAAU